GUAAAUGAAAAGGCCAAGUGUUGUGUUCCAUCCAAAAAAAGGCAGGGACUGAAGGAGAGAGAACGGACAAAUUAUGAGUAACGUUGCUACUAAGGUCGCCGUCGUCGGAAGCGGAAUUUCGGGAGCUGUAUGUGCGUCGACUCUGGCCAGGAAUGGGGUAUCAGUCGCCAUCCUUGACUCCGCUAGAGGCCCUGGUGGACGAAUGUCUCAGCGAAGAGAAAUUACUGAAGAUGGGAAGGAGCUGUUAUUUGACCAUGGUGCCCCUUACUUCACUAUCAGCAAUCCUGAUGUGUUGGGCCUUAUUCAUGAAUGGGAAGCUAGAGGUCUUGUUGCUGAAUGGAAACAGAAUUUUGGGUCUUUCGAUUGUAUUUUUAAACAGUUCUUCGAUAUAGAAAAGGAAGGAUUAAGUAAGAAAUAUGUGGGUGUCCCAGGAAUGAAUUCUAUAUGCAGAGCAUUAUGCCACGAGCCUGGAGUUGAAAGUAAGUUUGGGGUAGGUGUUGGGAAGAUAGAGUGGUUACAGGCCAAAGAUUUAUGGUCAUUGACAGGGUUGGAUGGCCAAAAUCUCGGUCAUUUCAACGGAGUGGUAGCAUCAGAUAAAAAUACAUGUGCUCCCAGAUUUACAAGUGUAACAGGACGACCAACUCCUCUAGGUAGGAGGGCUUUGCAUAGCUUUUGUUGGUUACUCAGUCAUAUUAUAUUUGUGGCCUUUUAUGCAUCAUGACAAUCAUUUGCCUUUUGUUUAUGACCUAGGUC